AUGCGCAAAGACUUUGCUGACAUACAGAUCACACUGGUUGAGUACGCUAACAUGACCGACCGUCAGCAACGACAGCUAUUUCAGGCUCUUCAGAUGGGCCAACGCCUGACUGCCGGUCAAAAAUUGCAUGGCGCCCUACGCACUCCGCGAAAGCGGCUUGCCGAAGCUGUCUUUGAAUUAUAUGAUGCUCAGUUUAUCGACACCUUCGGUGUUCGUAAAAACAGCGGCCCAACACUGGAGCUACUCGUUAUACGCGUAGUACACAUGAUCUUGUCCAGAAAGCGGACCUUCAAGAUAACGAAGGCGUUGCUCAACUGGGUCUCUUCUGAUGACACUGUGACAGACCAAGCCGAAGAUCGAGUCUGGGAGUCCAUGGCGUUAGCUUUCAGUGCACUGUCCAUGCCAUCUGCACGUCUUGCCGGUGAGAGAAAAGGACAUUACAUGCUCGCGCCUGUCGAGAUCAUCGCCGUCGUUCUCUUCGCCGAAGACAUGUACGAAGCAGAUCGUUACACUCACGGGGAGCAUGCACGCAUGGCCAGUGGAAUCAAAGAACUGCGCAUACGAUUACGACGCAAGUUCCCUGGUGUUCUUCGGUCAAAUUGUCAAGUCCUCGAGUACGCGAUGUCCAGGAGCAAGUUUUGGAUGCGUACGCACCCACGUCAAGACGCCGCUAGUGUUGAGAAGAAUGAAGUCAAGCCAACUAAAUUGUCUUCAAACCAGGGCAACCAGGAAGAUGCCUGCGGUGAACGUCAGAAGGCUCCAUCCCUAACGAUCAAAGAGAUGGGAGUGGUCAUCGAUCUCACUCACAUGUAA